AUGCCGUCCCGGUCUUGGUUUAUCGCUGGUAGCGCUCUCCUCCUUUCUCUGGCAGUCGGGGCGAAGGGACCACAUCCAUGCACAGAGGUGAGAUCCACUCGCAGGACGCAGAUAAUGUGUGUUGUUGUCGGAGUCAUUGUUGCCGUCAGUAUUUUCUGUAGGCUAAUAAUAGGCUAUGCAUGUUACUGGAAAACACAGGAGCGUGUUAUUUACCAGUUUACGCAUUCAAAUAGAGAGUCAGAAGAGGACUGUGAGUUUAGGCACAUACUGAGAACAUGAACGCUAACAGUAGGCUUUUGUUAUUCCACUCACCAUAACUAAUACGAUUAAGAAUUGAUGACGCUACACUUCUGGUCAGAUUCAUAUGUUUAUCUAAAUAUAAAACACACACACACACACACACACACACACACACACAGCUUAGAGAGAGACACUUUACUCAUCCUGUUUCUCAGAGUAACGUUACCUGUCAGUCAUGCAAUCUGUCAGUCCUGUCUGUGGGAUUCCUGUGAGAUUGUUGCUUAGUACACUUAUACUGUUUAGGGCAAUGUUUGACUGAGUAUGGUGAAGGGGUUCCGAGGUGUGUGUAUGUCUAUGUGUUUUGCGUGCCUGCAGUGUUCUGGUUUGUGUCUCACCACUCAGGGCAGACUGAGUGUUAUCAGUUUCUUGCAUGGAGCUGCCUUUCCAUCUCUCUCUCCCUCUCCCUCUCUCUCUCUCUCUCUCUCCUCAUAUCCGCUCUCAUGACAGCGCUCGCCCUCUCCGCGAGCGCUCUCUCCCUCACUCUAUCUCCCUCUCUAUCUCUCUCUCCCAUCAUCCUCUAUCCUCUCCUCUCCUCCCUCUCUCCCUCUAUCCCUCUCUCUCCCUCUCUGCACUCAUCACCUCUGAGCCAUAGCACAGGGCAGGCAACAGCCUCAAUUCAAAUACAAUUCUAUUCGUCACAUGCUUCUUAAACAACAAUAAUAAUAGAAAUAAUAGAAAAGUAAUAACACGUAAUAAUAAAAGUAAUAAUAAAUGAGUAACAAUAACUUGGCUAUAUACACAGGGUACCAGUACCAAGUCGGUGUGCAGGGGUACGAGGUAAUUGAGGUAGAUACUGUAUGUACAUAUAACUAGGAAUAAGUGACAGAUAAAAACAGUAACAGCAGCCUAUGUGAUGAGUCUAAAAGGUUAGUGCAAAAAUGGUCAAGGCAGAUAGUCUGGGUAGCUAUUUGGUUAACAAUUUAACUAACAAUUUAGCAGUCUUAUGGCUUGGGGGUAGACGCUGUUCGUGGUCCUGUUGGUUUCAGACUUAGUGCAUCGGUACCUCUUGCUGUGCGGUAGCAGAGGGAAAGGUCUAUGACUUGGGUGGCUGGAGUCUUUGACAAUUUUUUGGGCCUUCCUCUGACACCGCCUGGUAUAGAGGUCCUGGAUGGCCAGGAGGUCAGCCCCAGUGAUGUACUGGGCCAUACGCACUACCCUCUGUAGUGCCUUGUGGUCGGAUGCCAAGCAGUUGCUAUACCAAGCCGUGAUGCAGCCAGUCAAGAUGCUCUCAAUGAUGCAGCUGUAUAACUUUUUGACGACCUGAGGGCCCAUGCCAAAUCUUUUCAGCCUCCUGAGGGGUAAGAGGUGUUGUUGUGCCCUCUUCACGACUGUGUUGGUGUGUGUGGAGCAUGAUCGAUCCUUAGUGAUGUGGACACCAAGCAACUUGAAGCUCUCAACUUGCUCCACUACAACCCUGUCAAUGUGAAUGGGGGCGUGCUCGGCCCUCCGUUUCCUGCAGUCCACGAUCAGCUCCUUUGUCUUGCUGACAUUGAGGGAGAGGUUGUUGUCCUGGCACCACACUGCCAGGUCUCUGACCUCCCUGUAGGCUGUCUCAUCGUCGUCAGUGAUCAGGCCUACCACCAUCGUGUCGUCUGCAAACUUAAUGAUGGUGUUGGAGUCAUGUUCGGCCACUUAGUCAUGGGUGAACAGGUAGUACAGGAGGACUAAGGAGGACUCCUGAGGGGCCCCCGUGUUGAGGUCAGUGUGGCGGAUGUAUUGUUGUCUACCCUCACCACCUGGGGGCGGCCCGUCAGGAAGUCCAGGAUCCAGUUGCAGAGGGAGGUGUUCAGUCCCAGGGUCCUUAGCUUAGUGAUGAGCUUGGAGGGCUCUACGCUGAGCUGUAGUCAAUGAACAGCAUUCUCACAUAGGUGUUCCUCUUGUCCAGGUGGGAAAGGGCAGUGUGGAGUGCAAUAGAGAUUGCAUCAUCUGUGGAUCUUUUGGGGUGGUAUGCGAAUUGGAGUGGGUCCAAGGUGUCUGAGAUGAGCCAUGACCAGCCUUUCAAAGCAUUUCAUGGCUACAGAUGUGAGUGCUAUGGGCGAUAGUAAUUUAGACAGGUUACCUUGGCAUUCUAGGGCACAGGGACUAUGGUGGUCUGCUUGAAACAUGUAUACAGUGUCUUGCAAAAGUAUUCAUACCCCUUGGAUUUAUUUACAUUUUAUUGUGUUACAAAGUGGGAUUAAAAAUGGAUGUAAUUGAAACUUUUUGUCAACAAUCUACACAAAAUAGUCUGUCAAAGUUUAAACAUUAAUAGAAAUGAAAUUACUAAAAUAUAGUCGUUACAUAAGUAUUCAACCCCUUUGUUUAGGCAAGCCUAAAUUAGUUCAGGUGUCAAACUUGGCUUAACAAAUCACAUAAUAAGUUACAUGGACUCAAUCUGUCUGAAAUAAUAGGGGUUGACAUGAUUUUUGAAUGACUAACCCUUCCUCUGCACUUCCACAAGACUACCACGUCUACCAUCAGAGAACAAGUAUUUCAGCCCUACAUUUAGCCUGGGCCAACCCUCCUCCUGGAGAGCCACUGGAUAUGCAUGCGUUUCCUCUAGCCUGGCCCUUUAGAACACAACUGAUUCUGCUAAUCAAUGUCCUGAUGAGCAGCUGCUUGGAUUUAAGUCUAUUAGAGCAGGGCUGGAGCAAAAGCCUGCACACCCAGUAGCUCUGCAGAAGAAGGGUUGGUCACCCCUGGUCUAGUGGAACGUAUUUAGAAUGACACCAUGUGACAGUAAACGUGAUAUAGCAGGGCUUGAGGUUUAUAUCAAUAUGAGUUCAGAUUUCACCCGAAACAGACUUCUUCUCCUAUCAGGUAACACAUGACAGGCAUGUAGAAUAUAGACUCUUCUAUUGAGUCAUGGUGUGGAGGUAUAGAUAAUUAAUGUUUAUGGCCUGAUUAUUGAUUGUCAUGAAUCUUAGUGAUGCAUAGCUCAGUCAUUCCUAAGAAAAAGAGACGGGGAGAGUUUUAGACAAAUGGUAAUAAAUAAGUCAAGAAGUCAUGUGAAAAAUUGUCUGCAUGUGGCACUCAUUCAUUUGCAUCAACCCAAUACUACUGUGGGAUGCAAAUAGCUUCAGUUUUGAGUAGGGCCGGGAUGAUACCAGUAUCGCGAUACUCGUUAGUAUCGUGGCAAGGAAAUAAAGCGAAUUUAACUUCUUUAGGAAAACAGCCCUAAUGUUGGAAACAAACAUCAUUAUGUUGUCAUCCAGUUACUUUGAUAUAUUUUCCAAGCUAUAUACACACAAUACUUUAUAUACAGUAGGUCUUUAUAGGACCAAAUGUUUGAUCUGCUUCAUGUUUUCAUUUUAAGGACCAAACACUGGUGUUACUGUAAAACCUAGCCAUGAUUCUACAGCUCCAUAUCUCUGUCAUGUCCAUAAGGCCCACAGCAUGACCGCAACAUCACAGUGACCAGACACGUGUGUGUGUGUGUGAGGGAUCCUCUAAAAGGUCAACAUUCCUAAGACAUGGCAUGAAACGUGGUAUUUCACUCAAUGGUUUGGCGAUCAUUGUCUACAUUGGUUUGGCAAAUUCAAUGCCUCCAUGCAUUAAACUGACCUAGCAUCAGUGUUCAGGGACAAUCGAUCACAUUUAUUUAUAAAGCCCUUUUAACAUCAGCAGAUGUCACAAAGUGCUUAUACAGAAACCAACCUUUAAUCACAAAGAGCAAGCAAUGCAGAUGUAGAAGCACAGUGGCUAGGAAAAACUCCCUAGAAAGGUGAGAACCUAGGAAGGAACCUAGAGAGGAACCAGGCUCUGAGGGGUGGCCAAUCAUCUUUUGGCUGUGCCCAGUGGAGAUUAUAAGAGUACAUGGCCAUUAAGGCCAGAUCGUUCUUCAAGAUGUUCAAACGUUCAUAGAUGACCAGCAGGGUCAAAUCAUAAUUGCAGUGGUUGUAGAGGGUGCAACAGGUCAGCACCUCAGGAGUAAAUGUCAGUUGGCUUUUCAUAGCCGAGCAUUCAGAGGUUGAGACAGCAGGUGGGAGAGGGAGAGAGAGAGAGGGGGAGAGAGAGAGAGAGGGAGAGAGAGUUGAAACAGCAGGUCCAGGACAAGGUAGCACGUCCGGUGAACCGGUUAGCCGCAGGCAGAGCAGCAGCACGACCAGGUGGACUGGUGAUGGAGACAGACAGGAGUCGUCAGGCGAGGUAGUCCUGAGGCAUGGUCCUAGGGCAGAGAGAGCGAGCGAGAGAGAGAGAAGAGAGAGAGAAGAGAGAGAGAAGAGAGAGAGAGAGAGAUGGGAGAAUUAGAGAUGGGAGAAAUAGAGAUGGGAGAAUUAGGGGGAGCAUACUUAAGUUCACACAGGACAGCAGAUAAGACAGGAGAAAUUCACCAGCUAGGCACGUAGACUAUUGCAGCAUAGAUACUGGAGACUGAGACGGGGGGUCGGGGGACACUGGCCCCGUCCGACUAUUCCCCCCGGACAGGGCUAACCAGUCAGGAUAUAACCCCACCCACUUUGCCAAAGCACAGCCCCCACACCACUAGAGGGAUAUCAACAGACCACCAACUUACUACCCUGAGACAAGGCAGAGUAUAGCCCACGAAGACUACACCACCGCACGAGCCCGAGGGGGCGCAAAACUGGACAGGAAGAUCACGUCAAUGACUCAUGUCGAGUAUAGCGAAAAAGGCCUGGCAUGACAUGAUGCACCCCUCCUAGGGACGGCAUGGGACAACUUCUAUCUCAUCCAUUAAACUGACCUAGGAUCAGUGGUAAGGGACAACAUCUAUCUCAUCCAUUAAACUGACCUAGGAUCAGUGGUUAGGGACAACUUCUGUCUCAUCCAUUAAACUGACCAAGGAUCAGUGGUUAGGAACAACUUACCAUGCAUACCCACUGUGUGCUGUGACUUGGUUUCCUAUAUCCAUAGUGAUGGAAUGUUGUGUUAUGUGUAUCCACCAGGGCGGGGAGUAGUGGGCGUGGCCAGAGAACCUACCGGAGGAGAGAGAUAGAGAGGGGAUGAUGACUCAGGACCAUUAGUGGUCUUGGUGUUUACUGACCUCUCUGUCCCCCAGUCGUGUCUAUUCUCUGUCUAUCUUUAUCUCACUGUUUCUCACACAUACUGUUCACACACAGACACACUGAACUUCUCUCUCUCAUUGUGUAACAAUGCUUUCUCUUGUGUUGCAGACAGACUACUACUAUGAGUAUACAGAGUGUGACAGUACAGGGUCACGAUGGAGAGUAGCAAUCCCUCAGAGCCAUGGAUCCUGCAUCGGACUGCCAGAGCCUGUACGAGGGACAGAGUGCAGUAAGUUGUGUGUGUGCGUUUGUGUGUCAAAGAUG